AGCGCUUUACGGCUCAUAUUGCAGCCAGGGGGCGGGACUUCGGAAGAGCGGCGGGAAGACAGAUACACAGCACAAGAAAGACAGACACACAUGAAGGAGAAAGACAAAGAAGGGGCCAAUGGAGAAGAGGAGAAAGAAGAUAGACACAGGGGCAAUUACAGAUGGACCCAGAAAACACAAGUGACGGCGAUUCGGAGGCAGAGAGGCCAGCCCUCAGAAAAAGAAGACAGACAGGGCGCUGGGCUGGGACCAGAGAAAGCCUUGGGAGUGGGCAGGGUGCCCGUGUGGCCUCUCUGGACCAUCCUCCUGCUGGUACGGCCCUUGGGAGGCCUAGGAUCACCCCUCUGUCCUCGGGAGCCUUUCUACUUCCUUGUUGCCAUCAUGAAGAUGCUGGGAAACAAAAAUGAUGGCACUCUCUACACCCCAGAUGAUCUCUCGGUGUGUCCUGCUGAGACUCUAGGGUGCUUCCGGCUGGAGCUGUCUGUGAUCCAGUUCGAAGAGGGCCCAUCCUUGGGGAUUGCCGUGUUCCGGCUACAGCGUCUGCUGGAUGCACUGGGGUCCCGGCUGUGGGUGACUGGCCAGGGCCCUUGUCCACCCUGCGAAGGACAUCCUCAGAGACCUAUCCCACUCUUUCUGGCCAAACUCUUGGAGUUGUUACAGGGGGCUUGUGCUCGGCACCGGCCCUCAGCAUGAGCCUGAGAGGACACGGACUCCCUGGUACUGCUGGAGAGGCUGGGUAGAGAGAAGGACAGAGAGGACUUGGUCUCUAGCCCCAGCUCCCAGCCCUAAGCCUUCUCCUUAUGGGCCAGAGGACUUCAUGUGCAGCCCAAGGAGCCAAGGGGAAGAGGAAAAAAGGAGGAAAAUAAGAUCCAAAGCUUGAAGUCUCUGACCUCCUGGGGUGGAGGGGUUAGAUAAAUUGGCCCCCAUUUGCCCCUGUUCUCCCUCUUAGAUACUCCCCCGUCUCCUCUUCCAGGAAGGGACAAAGCAUGGCACAGGUGUCUUCUAACCUAAUCCCACCCCUAGAACGCAGGGAGAACCUUGUACCUCAAGUCCCUGAAUGCAAAUAAUUACCACCUGGAGAGAGUUGAAGAAAUACUGAUGGCUAGGCCCCAACCCAGAGCUUUUGAUAAUUGGUCUCUGGUGGACCCUGAACACCAUAGUUUUAAAAUCAACGUCAUUGAGGUGUAAUUUACAUAUAGUAAAAAGCAUACAUUUUAAGUGUACAUUUCAAUGAGUUCUGACAAAUGUAUACACACAGCCACACUUCCAUCACUCCAAAGCAUCCCUCAUGCCCCUUCCCAACCUUCACCUCCAGCCAUAGACACCCACUAAUCUGCUUUCUGUUUGUAUAGAUCAGUUUUGCUUUUUCUAGAGUUUCACAGGAAUGGGAUUGUAAUAUUGAUAUAUAUUAUAUGCUAGUGUCUGGCUUCUUUCACUCAGUAUGAUGUUUUUGAGAUUCAUUCAUGUGCCUAUCAGCAGUUUAUUACUAUUCCCUUGUAUAGACACACCCCAAUUUGUUUAUCCACUGUCCUCAUGAUGGAUAUUGGGUUGUUUCUACUGCAUAGCGCUCUUCUUGCAUCUUCUUAUGUACCUCUGCUGUUGAGCGUUAAGAACCACUGACAUACCAAGGAAGAAUUUUCUAUGGGGAGGAAUUUACUGUUCCUUCUCGUCCCUGGAGUAAAUGUCUUCCCGUAGCAAUGUCAAUAGGCAUUUUUUAUCUGGAAUCCUAUUUUGAAGAGCUGCUGUUUAAAGGAACCGAGCUUAUAGAAGGGGAAACAUUUUUAUAGAGUGAUCAGCCCCUCCCCAGUCUGGGACUGUUGAAUCCAGGAGUGUGUGCUUACAUAGACACGCACCUGUGGUGUAGUCAUUCCCCGGUAGCUGUGAGCCAGCUGGUGGCCCAACCACACCAUGCUACCCUGUAACUAGGUGCAUAUUAAAUUUCUUUCAGUUGAAUCCAGAUGUCUCAAUGCUUAUGCAAGAAAUUUUAGCAAUGUGUUUUAAAAGUUUCUGAUUUGCUUACCUCUUCCAUCAGAUCCAUUUUUCUUAUCUCUCUCUCAUGCCCAGUCCUCUUUGCCACCCUCAGACAAAUAAGUACUAAUAUGUAAAUUCACACUGAUUUAAACUUAGGGAUUUAUAAAGGAAAACAACGGUUUUCAGGGUCACCCAAACUUGGGGAGGCAUCUUAAGUCUGCCACAGUGCAGUUUAUUUUUCUGACCUUGU